CUCGGCUACGACGGGAUACGCUUUGUCGACGGAGGUGGUGAUCACAAAAUCCUACUUCCAAAAUCGCCGCUACGAUUUAGCGCCGUGAUUUUGGUAUCACCUGAAACCGUAGCGUUGUGCUUCUCCCUACUCAUCUCUGAACGUGAUACAAUAAGUCAGGUUUUGUAUUGAAAUAUGUCAUCUUGGGGCACCACGUAUCGAUUCAAACCAUUCAGGUUUGAAAUAUAUUCACCAGAAAAUCAAAAAUGGCCAAAGGGCAGAAGUGGACAUAGGAUUGCCUGUAAUGAACGUUACUUGUACUCUUAUGGUGGCUAUAAUCCUGAUGCACGGGAGGAUACUUUUUUCCAAGAUCCAACGUGGUUUAUAAGUAGGCCACUCUUUAAAGAAAUAUGGAGAUUCAAUCUUGCUACACACCGUUGGAAACGGUUGCCCAAGCGAAGGAGUUUGCCUAAUGAAAUGGCCUCUUGUGCUGUUGUUUUAAGAGGCGAUAUCUUAAUAGUUUAUGGAGGAACUGGGUUUCCCUUUGGUGAAACUUGUAGCAAUAAAGUAUAUCUUUGUAAUGUCAAAGAUGGCUCAACAAAACCAUUGCCUGCUACUGGAAAAUUUCCAGAAUCACUUUAUGGGAUAGCCGUAGUUUGUCAUGGGCCUUACUUAUAUACAGUUGGUGGCACAUCAGGGUAUGAUUUCCAUUGUGACAUUCAUCGCAUUGAUCUUAGAACAGGAGUGUGGGAAAGUGUGUAUAUUUGUACUGGUGCUGAUGGAUAUGAACCUGAAGGUAGAUACCGACAUGAGUUAGCCUACGAUGGAAAACGGAUAUAUGUCUUUGGUGGUGGUACCACACUGCACUCUCCUCAUUUCUCGUUACAGAUAAUACCCACUUUUGACUUAGAAUCGAAUAAAUGGAUGUCUCUAGCGACGCAUGGGAAAGAAGAUUGUAAAUAUGUUCCUGCUGAUAGACUGUGUCAUAGCGUGGUUCAAUACACGGACGACAAAACUGGAGUGACUUAUGCUGUGAUAUUUGGUGGUUUCAAUGGAGAUGAGGUUUUUCGGGACAUGUGGCGACUUGAUUUGAAACUUUUACAAUGGACAUGCUUAUUGAGGGUGGUAGAUACAGAUCCUGUAUACUUUCAUUCAGCAAGUAUUACACCAGAAGGUUGUAUGUAUUCCUUUGGAGGUGUGAUUAGAAAUGGUCAUCAGACACGAAGAUCAGACACAGUUCUUGCGGUCUGGUUGAAAAUACCUAAAUUGACGGAAAUCAGCUGGUUGGCAUUAAAUCAUUACUGCAAAAAUUUGAAAGAUAUGUCGAAAAGCGAUCUAUUGCUCUUAGGCAUACCAUUGAACUUUGUACAAAGACUUAUUGAUGACGAUCUAUAAGUAGAAACUUAUUAAUUAUACAGUAUUCUGAAAGAAAUCAGCUACUGUUACCAGUUAUUUAUAACUCCAAUAUUAUUAAUAUUGAUCAUUUCUAUAUAUUUUUUUUUAUAAAUGCAUUGACUCUACACCACAAUAAGAUAAUUAACGAUACAAAUAUUGUAACUGAAAUAAUUGGUAAUUUGGAUGAUUUAUAUAUUUUGAUAGUAACAAAUAGCAAAGUUCAAUCAUAAUAAUGAUGUUGAAAGAGUGUCAAUAUUUUCCAAAAUGCUUUUAUUUAUUUGAGUAAAAUCAUUUUCAUCUGUAUAAAACUAUUAUUAUGAAAUCCUAAAAUUCUGCAUAAUUAUUAGAACUGAUUGUUUAUCAAUGUUCAAUAAAUAUUUACGUUAUUUUUGUAAUAAAUACAAAUUGAUCUACGGGUGUUGUAUAUAACUGAUAUCUAACAAUAAGAGCAUUGUUUAUUUGUAAGAGAUAUUCAGUGUAUCAAGGUAAUUGAAAGAAUGAAAAAUAUAUCUUCGAAGCGAUAGCUGUGAUCAUAGCUAAAAAAAAUCUAGGUGGAAUGCGAUAAGAGUGACAAAUAUGCAAUUUUCCUUUUAUCUCCUUUGUCCCUUUUAUAAAAAUAUCUAUCUUUACAGUGAUCGUAAUCGAUUUUAAAGAUGAUCGGUAACAUAGUUUCCUAGAUUUGUCAACAACCUAGAAACACAUGACCAAAUUUUGUUUAUCCUUAUUCGUUCCUCAUUCAUAUUUAUUUAUACAAAAGGGCAAAAGUAUCACAAAUCACAAUAUUUGAAAUUACAUAAAAUCAACUCUGUAUUUCUAUUAUAUCAAUAUUCUUGAUCAAUCAUCAAGAAUUUUAACUCCUCCAGUAGCGCCCUCAGCCCUUCCGUAGCAUCAUCUAGCGUCUAGUUUGGUAACAUCAUUCGAAUAGCACCUCACUUCAACCCGAGGUGGCGGACAAGACAGACGUCUGCUUCGGGCCAGUUCAGAGGGCUUUUCUGCGUCGUCGGCUUUCAUAUUCCAUGUCGUCAUUGUGUUCGAAUACACCGUACCUCAAUAUGUUUGGUGAAGUGUUUAUGUAGUAUUUGUUGCACCCGUAGACGCCAUCCACGUGCCAUAACUUGAACGAGACGCCAUUGUCAUCAAGGUGAAAAAAGAGGCUCCACACGGACGAGUCGACA